AUGGUUGCGACCUUCUCGCCGCACCGGGACUCUGGUGGAACCCUCCAUCUUCCAUCGCACUCGGGCAUCCAUCACGUUGAUGCUAGUUCCGCCAUCCGCCAGCUUCGGCGCUCUUUGUCGCGCUCGCCAUCCAAGAGCUCCAAUUUCUUCCUCAACACUCGCAAUCAAUCACCUUCCAAAUCGAACUACGUCUCUUCUCCAUUGUCUCCUUCUCGCCGUUCCUCUCAGAGCAACUUUGUGCUCUUCCCUUCAUCUGGUCAGCCUUCACCUCUUGCCGUUCCUUACCCUCCUAGUGCAAAAAUCACCAGGCCGGCCAUGCGACGACGAACGUCCCCACGCAGUCCGGCCAAACGUGCUCUCGCGGCGUCUGCAGACAGCGGCAACACUUUUCCAUCUCAACCGAUUGCACCGCCACCAGGAGAGGAAAAUGAUCUGACCAUCGACGACUUGACGGAUCCUACCGAGGAUUCAAUUUGUACGAAUUUUGGUGUUUCAACCACCCCAGGUGCGCCGCUGAGUGAAACUCCGUUUGCGCCUCGUUCUACACUCUCGCGCAUCGAAAAGCGCCGAAGUGGGACGUUUGGCUCAUUUGCGACAGUCAGUCCUCUGAAGCGAAGUGACGGUAUUAUGAAUCUCGACCAGGCCUCUCGAGGGAGUCCCUCUGCGAAGCGACGCAGCAUGCAUGCGCCCAAUUUUACCGAUUUUAGUAUAUUUGAUAACAAUUGCGAAAGCGCGCCUACAAGCCCGACAGAAGGCGAGUCUCCAUCUUUCCCGACUCCCAUUCAACCAUUCAGUCCAUUCGCCACUAUUCCCAAGCGCUCUUCCUCUCUGCGACGCUCGACUUUGCAACAGAGACAGGGAGAACGGCCACUAUUCGGCAAACCCCGAAGCGGGGACGGAGAUAUGCCUCCUGGAACUCCAUUGGCAGUGCGCCCACGCAUGUCCUUUGAGAGCGGUUUAUUCGAGAAAGGACAAGACACUAGCAAUCUUUUCUCUCCACGACCUCCAACCAGUCCUCUCUUCUCCCCUCAGCCCAACAACGCCCCUUCCGCUCUCAAUGUCAACACUCAGGCUCCCCGACCUACCGCCCACCCUCUCUCUCGAACAAUCACUCAGUCUUCUUCCGGUUCCAGUUUGGAUGACUCGCCAACUCAUGAACCAACGCACAAAUCGGGCCCGCCGCGCCCCAUCUUCAAUUUCUCCAAGUCGCUUCCUGCUGGUGCGACUCGUCCAGCUCCCGUGCGGCGGAUAACACGUGAAGAUUCAGGAGAAUUCGCGACACCAAAUAACUAUAAACUAGUGAAGCCUCUGCCCGCGGCUUUCAUGUCAACUGGGUUGAUCUCCAAGAAGAAUCGCAAUGCGGAAGAUCCCAGUGGUACUGGUUUUAACAAGAACAUGCCUGACACGCCUUGCAAGCGACCUGUGAAUUUGUUCACUGCGGGACCCAACCCACCACCAGAGCGUCUGUUUGACAAAUCUCAAUCCCGACUUAGGGAGUCCGAAAUUGCGCCUGAAUCGCCUUUCAACCCAACUCCGUUCGUCGCACGCUCGAAGCCUGGGCCGUUUGCCAAAGGAAUGGGCAUCUUUGGCAACUCCUUCAAUCGCCCCGAGCCCUCCCGUCGAGGAAGCGUUAUCAGUGUUGACGGCGAUGAGAUGCAGGCUGAAUCUCCAUCCCGCCCUGACAGCCAACCACUCACUGAUUCUGACUUCCCUCCCACUCCCACCAAACAAACAUUCCUUCCUUCGGUUACUUACCCUCCUUCAACAUCCCACAUCGCUUCCCUUGAGCGGUUGUCAGAAUCCAAUUCCAGCGCUCACUCCACACCCUUGCGUGACCGCUUCCUCCAAGUAACGCCUCAGACUCCCCGCGAUCAAUACUUCCCUCCGGAUCCGAGUGGAUUGUCGAUCUCCGUGCCAAACGAUCAGUCACAUCCCCCUGACUUCGGCAGCUCCACCAACUCGAACGGUCUUCCGGCCACCCCCACCGGUCCCCGAGAGUCCUUACUUGCCAGCAAGCGCCCUAGUCUUUCUCUGAGUGGAUACCAAGCUCCCGAUGUGGAUCCCAGCUUGACUGCACGUUUCGAGAAGGUUGAGCUGGUAGGAACUGGCGAGUUCUCAAAGGUCUUCCGAGUCGGUCAACCGCACGAUGCUUCCGUUCCUUCGGUCUUUUCGCUUGCAUCCAGUGGCCCCAAGUCGCCUACCGAGUUGCCCCAUCAGGUUUGGGCCGUGAAGAAGAGCAAGCAGCCUUAUACUGGUCUCAAGGAUCGUGAACGCCGCAUUCGUGAGGUCGAAGUGCUCAAGACUAUGACCAACACCGAUCACGUGAUCCACUUUGUCGACAGCUGGGAAGACUUCGGUCACCUGUACAUCCAAACAGAAUAUUGCGAAGAAGGUAGCUUGGAUGUUUUCCUGGCUCAGGCCGGCCUGAAGGCUCGUCUGGAUGACUUUCGGAUCUGGAAGAUUCUGCUGGAGCUCUCUUUGGGAUUGAAGCACAUCCACGACCAGGGCUUCAUCCACCUUGACCUCAAGCCCGCCAAUAUCCUGGUGACCUUUGAAGGUGUCCUCAAAAUUGCCGACUUCGGUAUGGCUGCUCAUUGGCCAGCCCAGGAUGGUAUCGACGGGGAAGGUGACCGUGAAUACAUCGGACCUGAGAUUCUGAUGGGCCGUUUCGACAAGCCUGCCGAUAUCUUCUCCUUGGGUCUCAUUGUGUUUGAAAUUGCCGGCAAUGUGGAGCUGCCAGACAAUGGAGUGUCAUGGCAAAAGCUUCGCAACGGUGAUAUGAGCGAUGUUCCUAGCCUGACCUGGAGCUCGGAAACGAGUAUCUUCCGCGAUGCCUCUGGAAACCCAAUUUCUGAAGAAUCAUCGUUUGAGGAUCUCUGUGCUUCGGAUCUCGGUGUUGAUGACUUCGGCGACGAUUUCCUCACAAGUCGCCAGCUGAAUGCUCCCAAGCCCGCCCGGCUCGCCCGCAGCGGCGAACUUGUCGAUCCGCCCGACUUCAUGAUCAACGCUCACCACGCUCAAGCGCUCGACAAGAUUGUCGGGUGGAUGAUCUCUCCUGAGCCCCGUGACCGACCCACGGCGGAUCAGAUCCUCGAAACAUACGGUGUUCAAUUCGUGAACCAGCGUCGCCGUGCGGGUGCCACCGUCUUUGAAGGCAAUUUUGGCCCUGCCGACGAGAUUCUGGCCGAAGACGCCGAAAUGAUCGAUGUGUAA